AUGGAGGAGACCGAAUUCAAGCACUUCCACCUCCACGGCGAUGAGGUUGUGCCAGUCAAGUCGUAUGCUGAGCCCGAGCCCGAAUGGACUCCGGAGGAAGAGAAGGCUGUCAGACGGAAGCUAGACUAUCGCAUUGUCCCUGUGGUGACGCUGCUGUAUCUACUGUGUUUCAUUGACAGAGCCAACAUCGGAAAUGCGAGGAUCAUGGGUAUGAGAGAGGACCUCGCUCUCGUAGGCUAUCGCUUUAAUUGGGCGUUGAGUAUAUUCUAUGUUACAUACAUGCUGGUUGAAAUACCAAGCAACAUUAUCUUGAAGAAGGUCGGACCACGUUUCUGGAUUCCGUUCCUUGUCGGCGGGUUUGGGCUCGUGUCAAUAUGCACCGCCUUCGUGAAGAGCUGGAGCCAAUUAAUGGUUGCAAGAGCGUUCUUGGGCAUCUUCGAGGGCGGCACCAUGCCUGGCAUCGCCUUCUUCCUGAGCUGCUUCUACCGCCGAGAGGAGUUGCUCUUUCGGAUUGGUAUCUUUGUUUCCGGGAGUUCCAUGGCCGGUGCUUUUGGAGGUUUGCUAGCCACUGGGCUAUCAUCGAUACCACGCUGGGGCGUCGCUGCUACGCCUAUCUAUAGGUGGCGGAACAUCUUCUUUUUCGAGGGACUGUUCACCGUACUCGUAUCCUUAGCAGCUCCCUUCUUUAUGCCCACUAGGCCGGAAGACUGCUUUUUCCUCAACGCUAGGGAACGCAUGAUUGCAGCCGAGAGACUCGUGCGGGAGCACAAGGCCAAUCCCCACGAGAACGUCAAAAUGCAUCACGUCAAGCGUGCCGUCUUCAACAUAAACAACCUAGUCUGCUGUGGAGGCUUCUUCUUGAUCAAUAUCACCGUGCAGAGCUUCUCCCUUUUCUUGCCAACCAUCCUGAACGAUCUUGGAUGGACAGCCACCAGGGCUCAGCUGUACUCCGUCCCUCCCUAUGUUUGUGCCGCCACCAUAUCCAUCCUCAUCGCCUUCAUCAGCGACAAGACCCGCCUCCGCGGUGUCUACCUCGCCGGCUUCUCGAUCCUAACGAUCAUCGGCUUUGCCAUCCUUCGCACUUCCGGUUCUGCCAACAUUAAAUAUAUGGCCGUCUUCUUUUCCGCUAUCGGCGCGUUUCCUGGCGGGCCCGGCUUCCUUGCUUGGGGUCUGAACAACUCUGCUGGCCCUGCCGUUCGCGCCGUAACAGGCGCCUACAUCGUCUCCAUCGGCACGCUAGGCGCGAUCGUCGCUACAUGGACCUACAUCGUCACCGACGCUCCUCUCUACCACACUGGCCACUCCAUCAAUAUAGGCGCCCAAGCCGCCGUCUUUGUCCUCGUAUGCGGUGGCGUCGCUUAUAUAGUUUACGAGAACAAGCUGCGUGCCCGCGGCGGCCGAGAUCACCGGUUGAAGGAGAAUAUGACGCAUCAGGAGGAGGCGGAUCUAGGGUAUAGGCAUCCUGAGUUCAGAUACAUUCCGUGA